CGGUGGCGGCCGGUCCGGGCCGGAGGGCGCCUGCGUGCUGAGGCGGGACACGGCCCGGCUGGCCGGCUCCGGCGGCGCCUGGGCGGGGCGGCGCGGCGGCGGCAGGCCAGGCGGCGGCGGCGGGCGGCGGUUGCUGGAGCGCGGCGGCGGCCCCGGCGGCGCCGAGGGCGGCGGGAGCGGCGGCGGCGGCGGCGGCGGCGGGCGCGGGCGGCGGGCGGGGGAAGAUGGCGGAGCUCGGUAAGAAGUACUGCGUGUACUGCCUGGCCGAGGUGAGCCCGCUGCGCUUCCGCUGCACCGAGUGCCAGGACAUCGAGCUGUGCCCCGAGUGUUUCUCGGCCGGCGCCGAGAUUGGCCACCACCGCCGCUACCACGGCUACCAGCUGGUGGACGGCGGGCGCUUCACGCUUUGGGGGCCCGAGGCCGAGGGCGGCUGGACCAGCCGCGAGGAGCAGCUGCUGCUGGAUGCCAUCGAGCAGUUCGGCUUCGGAAACUGGGAAGACAUGGCCGCUCACGUCGGAGCUUCCCGGACUCCCCAGGAAGUGAUGGAGCAUUACGUAAGCAUGUACAUCCACGGCAACCUGGGGAAGGCCUGCAUCCCCGACACCAUCCCCAACCGGGUGACAGACCACACCUGCCCCAGUGGAGGCCCCCUGUCUCCCAGCCUCACCACCCCCUUGCCUCCCCUAGACAUCUCGGUGGCCGAGCAGCAGCAGCUGGGCUACAUGCCGCUGCGGGACGACUACGAGAUUGAGUACGACCAGGACGCCGAGACGCUCAUCAGCGGGCUCUCGGUCAACUACGACGACGACGACGUGGAGAUCGAGCUCAAGCGCGCCCACGUGGACAUGUACGUGCGGAAGCUCCGGGAGAGGCAGCGGCGCAAGAACAUCGCCCGCGACUACAACCUGGUGCCCGCCUUCCUGGGCAGGGACAAGAAGGACAGGGAGAGGGCAGCCAAGCGCAAGGUCACCAAGGAGGAGCGCGAGCUGCGGCUGAAGCUGCGGCCGCUGUACCAGUUCAUGUCCUGCAAGGAGUUCGACGACCUGUUCGAGAACAUGCACAAGGAGAAGGUGCUGCGCGCCAAGAUCCGCGAGCUGCAGCGCUACCGGCGCAACGGCAUCACCAAGAUGGAGGAGUCGGCCGAGUACGAGGCGGCCCGGCACAAGCGCGAGAAGCGCAAGGAGAACCGGGGUGCGGCGGGCGCCAAGCGCGGGCGGGAGGACGCCAAGGACGGCGAGUUCGCCGCCAUCGAGCACCUGCCGGGCUUCGAGCUGCUGUCCGACCGCGAGAAGGCGCUGUGCAGCUCCCUCAGCCUGAGCCCCGCGCGCUACGUGACCGCCAAGACCAUCAUCAUCAAGGACCACCUGCAGAAGCGACAGGGGAUCCCCUCCAAGAGCCGCCUGCCCAGCUACCUGGACAAGGUCCUGAAGAAAAGGAUUUUGAAUUUCCUCACGGAGAGCGGCUGGAUAUCCAGGGAUGCUUCCUGAGGCUGGUGCCCGCCGCGCCCGUGGGACGGGAGGACUGCAGGGCGGGGCGGGGCGGGGCAGCCUCUCGCCCCCCGCCCGUCGUCCUUUUCCGGCAGCUUCUCUUCUAGGGCGCACGCUCUUUCACGGUCCUCCGAGAGAAGCGGUAGUGACUGUCUGAGGUCACGGGGGAGACAGGCGCACAUGCAUUGUACCCCAGUCCUCAGAGUAUGCGUGAAGAGGACCAUCGGCCUUUGUGUGCUGGGUUCGGAGCCGUGACGAGACCGGGCCGCGGCCUUCUGUGAGCCCUGCCCUUCGGGACACGGUGUGUGCCAGCCCCACCCAGCAUGCCAGGCGCCCGCCCGCCCCGGCACACGGCACUUUACAUGGGGGCCGGCAGGGUGGGCGGGCUGGGGGCCUGGGGGGUGGGAGGAGGGGUCCCUGGAACUUGAGGAAGAGGUCGGUGGUGAGCACAGUGACUACGUGAGCUUCCCCUACCUGCUGGCAGGGCCGGGUGUUGAGCCUGCAGUUCCCAGACCCUGAACGUGCCCCUGGCCCGGCACACUCUGGCGGGUCCCUGCCGGCUCCGUUUGGGAAUGGACGGGCCCUCGGCAGCGCCCCCGGCGCAGAAAGGGCGCUGCGGGGAGGCCUGGCGGCCGGAGGGCCUACGCCACUGCCAGGACGCGGGGCCCUCCCUGGGGGCAGCCGCAGGCCGCUCAGGCACUCGCAGGGCCUUCCCUUGGGGAGUCCCCGGCAGAGUUCGCAGCUGCGGCACGGCGGCCUCCGGGACUUGCGUCACGGCUGCAAGUGCCCUGUUCGCCGAAACCCUGACCAGACGGUCCUGGUGAAGCAUCUGAACUUCGGGUGGCCCCGGGCGCCCUGCAGACCGGCCAGGGGAGGUGGGGCGGCCCACGUGGCCAUUGCGGGCCCUGCGUGAGCCGCUUCUCCGGGUCACUGCUGAGCCAGGCUCCGACGCGGCUCUGCCCGGCCCUGGGCGGUGUUCGGGGGCCCUCUUGUACGGUACCGUCCUUUGGGACUUGGGGUAGCCCCUCGUCUUCCGGGCUGCUCAGGGCUCUGACGUCCAAGCCCCUGCUGUGGGUGGAGUCGGGGGAGUGCCCCCAGACCCGGCACUCGGGCCGGCCCUCCGCCCGCAGUGACUCCGAGACUUGACCUCCCGGGUGUUUGAGCUGGAAGUUACAUUAAAGUGAAGUCGUUUGAAAGAAAAAAGACCCUCAUCAUUUCCAAGGACAACUUAAUUACGGUGCCUUUUCCUUUCGUUCUACAUCUUUCCCCUAGGGUCGGUGUUCCAGCAUUAAACAAAACAUCUCACAUGUGCCGCGCACGCUUCAGGCGUCAAGCGCACGGCCUCGCUGGCUGGCGGGGAAGUGCUCCUCGUUAACUAAGCCCCGCACCUCCCUCUGGCGAGACGGAGCGGUGGCGUUCUCCCGGGGGCCGCCUCCACAGCCCCUGACGGCGGUCCUCUCUGCCACCCAGCAGCCGGGGGCCGCUGCUGUGGUUUUACAGGCUCCUGAGCCAGUGGUUCUCACCCGGGGUCCCGGACCAGCAGCGCUCCCUCCCCUGGGGAGCCUGCCAAAUCGCAGACUCAGCUGCCCGGUCCUGAGUCAGACCAGGGGCAGGGCCCGCCCAGUCCCUCGUGCAAGCCCUGGGGUGACCUGGGCACCAGCUGCCCGGGGAACCAGUGUCUCUGGCUGCCCUGGUGUCACCUUGGGUGGAUUUUCCGUCAGAUGCCGGGUUCUGUGAGGUUUUAAAUUCAGUCUUUCUUCUGUGUGGAAGGGUUGCCACACACUCAUUACACGUGAGAAGCAGAGCACCCCCGUGACCGUGGCCCGGGCCAGGAGCAGUCAAGUGGGAAACUGCGUUAGCCCUUCGGGAUGUUUAUCUUUUGAUGAAGAGUUUAUUUAGGCUGGACUGUUUCGGACACCGCGAUGAAUGUGUAAUUGACUUACGCUGAGUGCUGACACCUUGUGGCCAGGGGAAGUAGUCCCCGGUUAGGCUGCCUUUUCCCCAGCCCUGGCCACGACUGUCACACUGUCCCGUCAGUCCUUAAUCUUGCUGCGCGCGGAGCCUCUCCGCUUCUCUGCUCUUCGUCAGCUGUCGUAACCCCACAGAGUUAGGUCUUUUCAAGAGUUACGCCCCGACUUCUGAGUCAGUUCCGUUGUAGUCAGCCGUUCUCGGCACCCCCGGAUGGCCAGCGUCCCGAGAGAGCGCUGGCACUGAGGCCCAGCCGUCUCCCUCAUUAAACAAGCUGAGAACCAAAGUGUCACGGACUGCUUCUUAGCACCUGCCUGCUCCCCGAGCCCCAGGCAGCUUUCCAGAGCCCGCUUUCAAACUUGGGUGUGUGUGUGUGGGGGGGGGGGUGGCAGGACAGCACGUGACCUUUACGGUAGGGAGGAACCCUCCGGGCCAGGCCAGCCCUCCCUCCCCGAGCGCCCCCAUCAGAGCCGGCUGGGCUGGGAAGGGCUGUCGUCCCACUGACGGCGGGCUCGGGGCGGCCUCGUACGCGUGUCCAGGCUGCGCCGGUGCCAACCCUGGAAACACGGGGCGCGAACAGCUGUUAAUUCCCAGCGUGUGCGUGGCAGGUCCUUGAACGCGUUGUCACGGUGGUCGAGCGGCUGUAGGAGGCUGACUCGUCUCCAUCAGCUGGCCUCUGGCAGAACUGGUUUCAUUACACACAGUUUCCCUGAGGUCACGGAACCCACAGACACGCCGAGGCCGGGCUGUGCACGGCUGUGCUCCGAGAGCCGUGAUGGCGGCGCUCGGUGAGGGCUGGCUCCCCGUGUCUCGGGGAGAGCCCUUUGGCACCCGCAGCCCCGGUGGGAAGGGGGACCGCCCAGGUUCACGGGACUCACUGAAAAUGAGCCCCCAGUCCCAGUCUCGCUCCUCAUCGUGGGAGGCCGGGCCGCCUUCAGUUCUGGGGUGUGUCUUUGACCAAAUACAGGAGGAAAAAUGCUUUGGAAUUGCAUGCACUUAAAUUUUUCAUUAUGGAAACACUACUGGUAUUUUCCAAAGUUGUAAGCAAGGCAAAAGGACUGCCCCCUCCUUUCUAUGCCGUAACGGACUGAGCAGUACUGACCUUCAACCCAAGAAGCGCCCCUCAGAAGCAGAGGCCACGGGGUUCUUUUUGUCGGUGACAGACACGGAGGGUCUAUGGCGAGAGUCGCGGCCCAGACCUCUUGCUGCAGCUCCCGAGUGGCUGCGGUCCCCGUCCCGGCCCUCAGGCAGGCGUGUCCCCCCUGAGCAGACCAGGCACGCAGCCCGCACGUGUCCCAGACGAGCGGACUCGUGUCUGCUCACGCGCCAGGCACCCGGCUGCAGGGCGCGAGCACGGGACGGGAGCGCUAAGCCGCGCUUUCCUUUGCGCCCGCACACCCAGGUACACAGGGUAGUUACUAGAAAGUAGGAAGACAAACGAUAGGGCUUUAAUCCUCUUAAAUUUAAAAACAAAACAUCAACAUUUGAAAUUCGUGGAGUUUGAGGAAAUGGCAGUCCUUGGAUUUUGAGGAAGUCCAUCUCACGGCGGGGGAGGGGGGGAGCCCUUUAGAUCGUUAGUAUCUGGGUGAGCCAAGACUUACGCUUUUCUACGAGGAGAUGAACAGACAGCAGAAACCGACCAUCCGGUUCUUGCCGGCAGAGGAGGGUCGUGAGAACCACCGAGGUUCCUACGCUCACGUCACACCUCCAGAGAGAAGCCGGAAGUCGCU